AUGGCCAUGUAUGAACCAACUAUCGGCCUACACCGCUUGAGUCGUCACAGUCUCCAGGAUCGCUAUGAAUCCGACGAAGAGACGGUAUCUGAAUCCGAUGCUGGUCCCCAAGAUCUACUUUCCUCUCCAGUCGAAUCCAACCGCGGAACCUUCGACUCAGAUCUCAGUACCGAUGAAUCAUCGCAGAUGGACCCUGAGUCUGACCGUGAGGAGCGCCUCUUGUCGCCUCCGGUAACUAAACGACCCAGGCCCGUCUCCACGGACACCAUUAAGAGAAAUGGCAGCGCGGUCUUUGGCGAGGAGGCAUAUGUUUUCAACCCCGAGGACCAGAUGGUCCUAGAACUACCCUCGCCAGACUCUCCUCUCCAACUGGCAUCCAGCAUGUUCAUGCAACCAUCAAUCUAUGCCUCCCCAAAGCCUCGACUCGCCAAUCAUAGGUCUCGAUCUCCUUCUCCCUCAUCCAUCUUCUCCGUUGAGGAAGCAGACAUUCAAGUUGCCCAGAAGGUCACCUUUAUGGAACCUCGCACCCGUCCUACAGUCGUCCUAAUCAACGCCCUCGGCUCACGAAAGACCCCCAAGUCUCGUCCCAGCUCUCGCUCACGGGAAAGCAGCAGAACCCGCCCUGCAACCCUCAGAUCAGACAGCCGACUGAACCGUCCAGAGCUCCUCCCAUUCGAUGAAUCUCCUUCAGCAACAAUCAACCGAGUCUCCGACAUCCCCUCAGUUCCCUACCUCCGCACCCAAGAUCGUCGCCCCAGAACCUCAAGCUCAGACAUGUCCCCUCCACCCCUAACCAUCCGACGUGAAUCUCGCCGGCCCCCAUCAACACGCACCUCUAGCAGCACCAGUGCCCCUUACUCCGUCCCAACAACCCCCUUCUCCCCAGAAGACUCUACCCUGUCUACGAUCCACGAUCAUGAUCACGAAAGCCUACCUAGCCUUACUAGAACCAGCAGUCCUGUGUCCAUCGCUUCCGCAAAACGCUCAGCAAGCUACAGCGUCUCAAACAUCCUUUCCCAUCGCUCUCCUUUAAUGAUGCGUCGCAUGACGAGGAAACAUUCUUCCUCCAGUGUGGCUUCAUUGAGCAGUCUACGCUCCGAGUUCGAUCCUCAUGGCCCUGCUUCCUCGCAGAUCUCAGUCGCUACUCAGCCGAUUCGUGCCGAUACAAAUAUCGUGCGGAAGUCGAGCCAGCGCCGCCAUGCGCGCCAUAAUAGCUUCGCGCCUGGUCGUGGAUUUCUGGGAUUGAAGCUUGGAAAAAAGAACAAGUCUUGA